AUGUGCUUGGCUUGCUCUUGCCAAUGAUUUGUAGAGCGCUUGGGCUUUCCUUUAUAUAAAAAUGGCGAGUCGUAGUGGGCCUUCAAGGCGCGUUCCAGAGAAUGAAGCUGCGAUCACUUACGUACAAUGUGAUGGAUUGGCGGUGAUGAAAAUUGUGAAACACUGUCAUGAGGAAUCCUGCAGCAACAUGGAAGUGGCCCAGGGGGCGCUGUUGGGUUUGGUGGUGGAGAAUCGGCUGGAGAUCACCAACUGCUUCCCGUUCCCAAAACAUGAUGAUACUAUGGAUGAGGAGGAGUAUCAGCUUGACAUGAUGAGACGGCUGAGGAGAGUGAAUGUUGAUCACUUCCAUGUUGGAUGGUAUCAAAGUGCAGAUGUCGGGAACUUCCUAAGCCAGUCUCUGCUGGAGUCGCAGUAUCAUUAUCAGACCUCUAUUGAGGAGAGUGUUGUUGUCAUUUACGACACAAAGAAGUCUGCUAGAGGAUUCCUCACCCUGAAAGCCUACCGCCUGACUCCUCAGGCCAUUGCUAUGUACAAGGAGGGUGACUACACACCAGAGGCUUUGCGUAACUUGAAGAUUGGCUACGAGAGCUUGUUCAUUGAGGUUCCCAUUGUGAUUCGCAACUCGCCCCUGACUAAUAUCAUGAUGUCAGAGCUGUCCGAGAUGAUUCCUGAGGAGGAAGGUUACAAGUUCCUGGAUCUUGGUACUGCAUCUGUGCUAGAAGGCCAACUGCGCAGCCUCAUGGAACGUGUUGAUGAGCUAAACCAGGAGGCCAUCAAGUUCAACCGUUACCAGCAGCUGGUGGUCAGGCAGCAGCAAGAGAAGCACCGUUGGUUGCUGAAGAGGGCCCAGGAGAAUGCUGCCAGAGCAGCCAAGGACGAGCCCCCGCUACCUGAAGAGGAUGUGAACAAGCUCUACAAGCCUCACCCCGUUCCGCCUAGACUGAACCCCAUGAUCGUGGCCGGCCAAAUCAAUACGUACAGCCAGCACAUCAGCCAGUUCUGCUCGCAGAGUCUAGCUAAGCUGUAUCUCACCCAAGCGCUUCAAAGUGCCAAGGACACGAAACAGAAUAAUUAAACUUUUUAUUGGCAAUAAAUUGGUACUAUGUA